UUAAAGGGAGAGGAGGAAAAAACAGAGAGAGAGAGACUAAGAGCAGACUUAGCAGAGAGGAGACCUACUCAGAGAUCCGGAGGCAGGGGGGAGACAGAGACACAGAGAGAGUUAAGGUCAGUCAGGCUGGGAACGUGCAUACCUUAGGGCUACCCUUAAAGAGGAGCACUUUCAGAUUUUGCAAACAGAGGAAUUGGGAUUACUUUUCUAAAAAAUCAAGUUGGCUUUAAUUCUGAAAUCAAGUGGACAGGUGUUCUGACUUUUUUUUAUUUUUAAGCAGUGUUGAAUUCAAUUGUAAAUCACCCUUGCAUACAAUUUCUUCCCAAGCACUGAAUUUGAACAGCUGCGAGGUUUGUCAACUCAGCUUUUCUUUCCCCUGAAAAUGGACAGGUCGGAAACCUGGCGAGCAAAUUCCUCCCAAUUCGCUGUCGGACCGAGAGGGAGCUUCGGUAACCAAACCGUUCCACCCACACAGCUUCGCUGGACGAUUGCCCAGGAAUAUCCUCUGUUCCGACCAGUUUGCACCAUACACCAACGUCAUCAUGCCAAGUGUGUAUGGUGUCAUCAGCUGUUUGGGCAUCACCGGAAAUUGCAUCGUAAUCUACACCAUUGUCAGGAAGACCAAGUUCAAAUGCAAACACACGGUACCCGACAUCUUUAUCUUCAACCUGUCAUUAGUGGACCUGUUGUUCCUUCUAGGGAUGCCCUUCCUCAUUCAUCAACUAGUUGGUAAUGGGACCUGGCAUUUUGGAGCUGCUAUGUGCACCAUCAUUACAACAAUGGACAGCCAUAGCCAGAUCACCAGCACCUACAUUUUGACUGUGAUGAGUUUUGAUCGUUACUUGGCCACAGUUCACCCACUCAAAUCCACCUCAAUGCGCACACCGUCUGUUGCCACCUUGGUGAUCUGUUUGGUUUGGUUAAUGUCCCUCUUGACCGUCAUCCCAGUGUGGCUGUACACAGGAUUAAUGCCACUGCCAGAUGGCACAGUUGGUUGCGCCUUACUUCUGCCCAAUCCAACCACCGAUAUCUAUUGGUUUACCCUUUACCAGUUCAUGGUGGCAUUUGCCAUCCCUCUGGUUGUUAUCUGUGUUAUGUACUUCAAGAUUCUUCAGCACAUGUCCAUGAGCGUGGCCCCACUACCCCAAAGAAGCCUCCGAAUGCGAACUAGGAAGGUCACCCACAUGGCAGUGGCCAUCUGCUCAACCUUCUUUGUGUGUUGGGGACCCUACUACAUCUUUCAACUGGUCCAUCUGAGCAUUGAAAAGCCAAGUCUUGCCUUCUUCUACAUGUACAACUUUGCCAUUAGCCUGGGCUAUGCCAACAGCUGCAUCAACCCUUUUCUGUACAUUGCCCUGAGUGAGACCUUCAAACGCCGGUUCCUGAUGACGGUCCACCCUGCCCAUCAGCAGUUCCGGUUUAACAACAGCGUGGCAGAAGGGAGCCUGUCAUCAAACUCUCCAGUGACCCAACCCAACAAAUGUGUUUCAUGGGCCAGCUCUCCCCGAACUUUUUGCCUGCCCCAGAUGCAGUUCAGUGAAGGUUGCUCGAUGUCCAGUUUUAGAGCUACCAAGGAGACUUUCCUCCUGCGUCCAAUUGCUCACAGUAAAGUCACAGCCAAAAAGGAGAAGAAUGAAGACUUGCUGUGAGUAACAAACAGGUGAAAUGAGCACAAGGCAUGCCAGGAACAUUCCAGAACUGCUGCCAUUCCACCUUGUGUUGCUUUGCUGGAAGUCAAAUGGAAUUCCACAUGGAUUUGUAAAUUAGCUUCUUGCUUCCAAGCGAUUUAUGCUCGGGAAUGGGAACAACACCAAGGAAUUUUCUAGCAAUGGUCACCUCGAUCAUACCACCAUUUCCCACCCCCACCCAAUUACCACAGUGUGAGCCUCAAACGUACAUCUCUGCUCUUGUAUUCUAGCCCUCUCAAACUAAAUGCUAACACUGUAUUUGCCUCCCUCACUGCCAACUGAACCUGCAUGUUAACCUGCAGACAGUGGUGAAUGACGACUCCCAAGUCCCAUUGUAUUUUGGGUUUCUGAAGCCUUUCCUCAGUUAGAAAACUUUCUCUGCCUCUGCUCAUCAUUCGAAACCCAGGAUGGACCUGUAACUAACUGAAUAUCAAACAGAAAGAUUUAUUGUAACAAUAUCUGUUGAACAGAAGGGUUCUCAUGUGCUUCUUGCUAUGGAAUCCAACUCCUGAUAUUCAUAGGAUUAAGGUGGCUGUAAUAAGGCAUAGAAUGGAUCAGCAAAGAAGGAGGCCAUUUGGCCCCUCAAUUCUUUGAAAUGGAAUGAAGGCUUGAGUUGAGUUAUGUUUCCUGGUCCUUACUGUCUGAUAAACUAUGGGCCUAUCUACUACAAUAAGUCCCAUAAAUGCCCAGAAGCUGAUUAUAUUGCAGCAUUCGGCCUUGUGGCUGAUUUGGUUGAUCAAAUUUCAUUAGGGAAGUUCCUGUUUGUACCUGACACAAAGCGGGUUUAAAUCUCCACUGUUUCAUUUCAGGAACCUACUUGUACAGUGUUGUAUAGCUUCUUGCAAUUAAAAGGUUAUGUAUAAAAUGUUUAAAUUUAUUCUUUGUGGGCUCCGAUAAUUGAAAAUUCAGGUAAAUUCCAUCUAACUCAUCACCAUUCUCUAUUGUUUCUGUUAUCUCCACAAAAGAAAAAUGAUAAGGUUGAUGAAGCAAGAUUUCCUAUUUGAAAUCCAUACUAACUGUUUAUUAAUAGAUGUUUCUCAAUCCCAAAACUUUCAAUUGUCCUCCAGCAUCUUCUGUCUUUUAGAGUCCCACAGCAUAGAAACAGACCCUCGGCUCACCAUGUCUAUUAAACCCGCUUUGUGUCAGGUACAAACAGCAACUUCCGUCAUGAAAUUUGAUUGGCCAAUCCAUCGCAAGGCUGAAUGCUGCAAUGUAAUUGGCUACUGGGCAUUUAUUGCAGUAGAUAGGCCCAUAAUUAUUUUUUCAUUAUGUCCACGAUGAAGAAUCCCAUCACAAACCUCAAGAAGUACGUUUCACUUGUUCCCAUUUAAUUGCCAUCUGUAACUCUGAAAACUAUUUGUUACCUCUAGAAUAAAUAUAAACCUAUAAUGAAAAUUUACUCUCACCACUCAGUGAUGCUGACUCUCUCUCAGGAUCCUAACCUCUCCUAAUCCUCUCAGUGAUGCUGACUGCAUUUUACAGUGUCCUAAACUCUCCGAUUUUCUCUUUCGGUAACAGGUUAUAGAGUGCCUUUGCCUUUGCCCUAGUUGCUGUGAAGUAUUUCCUAAAUUGCUAGGUUCUAGUUUUAAAAUCAUGUCCUCUUGUUCUGAUUUCCACACCACAGAGUAUUGGAUCAAAGAUAAUGGUGACUAGUAAAUCCAGGGCAAUCUGAGUGCCUUCCUUUUUGCCUGGAUUCAGUGCAGUCAAUUUACAAAUAUAAAGGAGUUGCAUGUUGUAAGCAAAUUUUCAGAAUGAAUGCCAUCCUACCUCAUAGUUUCCUACCUGUUCCUUAUCUUCAAUCAAAUGAUUGUAUCAUCUUCAACACCUUUUAUUAGAUCAGUCCCUGACCUUCAGAAGCCAAAGAAAUAAAAAGGAAUGAUGCCAUUUGACCUUCUACAAAUUUAAGCUUUGGCUGUGUUUUUCAUGGCAUGAGGGCAUGGUGGCUGGGCCAGACCUACCUAGUUGAGAGAGUGAUGCAGAAUUGCUUCCUUGAACCACUGCAGUCCAUGGGGAGUAGUAGACCCAUAACGCUGUUUGGUGCUAAUGUUGUAAAUGCUGUAUCAGUAGUGUAUGUGUGUACUCUAGUUGCAGGUUACAGUGGCUGGCAUAUUUGGGGACAGGUUCGAGUACACGUACGGACAAAUUUCCGCACGGGAAUGGCUGGUAUGUGAAAUGGAAAAAUAAUAUGGUGCUGGGUAUUGUGAAUUAUGUGGAAGACAGUCUGACUUUUUUUUUCCUGGAUGGAUGCUUGCCAGAGUUAUAUUAGACGGGGAACUCCAGAAUAUUGACAAAGUGAUACUGAAGGAACGGCGAUAUAUUUCCAAGACAGGACGGUGAGUGAUUUGGAGGGGAACCUGCAGUUGAUGAUGCCCUUCUCCUUCUGGAUGGUCAAUUGGACGAGUUUGUGCUGUAACCCCUUAAAAGGCCAUUAUAUCUUUCCAGAGGUUUGCUGCUUGGAAUGAACUCAGCUAUCCAGAUGGAACGUGAUUAAGGCUCUGAACAAGUAAAGUUUCAUCGAGAUAAAGCCCAUGAUUCUUUUCAAAUACGUUUUCUACUUAUUUGCUGGCUUUCAAUGCUUUGCGUUGAUGGAAAUUCAAAUCCUUUUGCUCUGUAAUGUUUUCUGAAGGCAAGAUAAGGUGACAGUCAGGAACAAAUUAUCCUUUAAGGAGCUGAAAUUUUUGAGAAAAUGCUCUGAUGAAUCUCUUUGAAAAAAUUGAAAAUUACCAACUGUAAGAUGUUGAUGGCAUCUAUCAUCCCAUUGUGUUGUAGUUUAGAGCCACUUCAAGGACAAAAGGAAUGCAUGGUGCACAUUGAAUGCUGAGAGCUGCUGAUGUCUGUGUUAGACACAAAGGAACAAGUAGUGAUAGCCCUGAGUACCAUUUGACAAAAUAGAACCUGCAAAUUACAAGACGCUUCUCAUCCUUUCUUCUUCAGCUCUGUGUUUCCGUCGCUCCAUCAUGUUCAUUUUCUAUGUUCCAUUCUGAAGCAUGCUGCUGUCCUGGCUGAUGCUAACAGUAUUGCAUCUCCCUGAAUCCCUCUUGCUUCUCUAUGCAAUAUCUUUCUGCUGUUUUAUUUAUGAACAGACUGAUCUGGCCACACCAAUUGCCAGAGGGUGAUGCAUGAUGACCAGGGGUUACUAGCUUGCUGAUUGAAUUAUGUGUGAAGAGCAUUUCCAAAAAUGCCAGUACAAGAUCAAAUUAAUAAAAAUGUGGUGCAACAUUAAUCGUAUGUUACCAUCAAACAGCGACAACAACCUUUAGAAUAAUUGAAAAUAUGAGACAGAAUCCCAUCUUGCAAAAACCGAAUUACCACGUCUGAGAUAACAAGGAAUGCAGCUGGAUGAACACAGCAGGCCAAGCAGCAUCAGAGGAGCAGGAAAGCUGACAUUUCGGGCCUAGACUCUUCUUCAGAAAUGGGGGAGGGGAAGGAGGCUCUGAAAUAAAUCAGGAGAGAGGGGGACGUGGACAGAAGGCGGAUAGAGGAGAAGAUAGGUGGGGAGGAGACAGACUGCCCAAAGAGGUGGGGAUGGAGCCAGUAAAGGUGAGUGUAGGUGGGGACGGAGCCAGUAAAGGUGAGUGUAGGUGGGGACA